UUUGGCCCAAAAAUAUUGCAUCCCCAAACACCAGCCCGGAUAACAUUAUAAAUCGCUUCAGUUUCAUUUCUCCUUCCAAACCCUAACUUUUGUAAAAUCCCAUUCAAGAUCCGGCUUUAUAAAUAUUCAGGAUGGCAUCUGUAUCUAGUCAGCCACAGUUCCGUUACACCCAACCCCCAUCUAAGGUGCUGCAUUUGAGAAACUUACCGUGGGAAUGCACAGAGGAGGAAUUAAUUGAACUUGGGAAACCGUUUGGUAAAGUUGUGAACACUAAAUGCAAUGUUGGAGCAAACCGGAAUCAGGCUUUUAUAGAAUUUGCAGAUUUAAAUCAAGCUAUUGCCAUGAUAUCAUAUUAUGCUUCAUCCUCAGAGCCUGCUCAAGUGCGAGGGAAGACUGUGUACCUGCAAUAUUCUAAUAGGCAGGAGAUAGUAAACAACAAAACAACGGCAGAUGUUGCUGGAAAUGUACUGUUGGUAACAAUUGAGGGUACAGAUGCACGCCUUGUCAGCAUUGAUGUCUUACACUUGGUUUUUUCAGCUUUUGGGUUUGUGCAUAAGAUUACUACUUUUGAGAAAACAGCUGGAUUUCAGGCCUUGGUGCAAUUUUCCGAUACAGAAACUGCCUCCUCAGCAAAAAAUGCCCUGGAUGGAAGAAGCAUCCCUAGGUAUCUUCUUCCUGAGAAUGUGGGGCAAUGUGCCCUGAGGAUCACAUAUUCUGCCCACACAGAUUUGAGUGUGAAAUUCCAGAGUCAUCGCAGCAGGGACUACACUAAUCCUUACCUUCCUGUUGCUCCAUCAGCCAUAGAUGCUAGUGGUCAGUUUAGUGUGGGCAUUGAUGGGAAAAAACUAGAACCUGAGAGCAAUGUUCUUCUUGCAUCUAUUGAGAACAUGCAGUAUUCUGUCACCUUGGAUGUUUUACACAUGGUUUUUUCUGCUUUUGGGCCUGUUCAGAAGAUUGCCAUGUUUGAUAAGAAUGGUGGACUUCAGGCCUUGAUUCAAUAUCCUGAUGUUCAGACAGCUGUAGUUGCAAAGGAAGCCUUGGAAGGACACUGCAUUUAUGAUGGAGGGUUUUGCAAGCUUCACAUAUCAUAUUCCCGCCAUACUGAUCUCAGUAUAAAGGUUAAUAAUGAUCGAAGCAGGGAUUACACGAUUCCGAACACACCCAUGGUGAACCCCGAGUCAUCUGUACUUGUGCAUCAAUACAAUGGAUCUCAGUAUCCUCCAGCUCCUCCACAACCUGCAAUGCAUCAGCCUUCAGGAGGAUGGGGCUCAGCACCUCCAGCAGUACCACAAUCCAUGUCCAUGAUGCAUAAUCAUUCCUACAUGCCAGCUGGCACAAUGCCUCAAAUGGGCCCAGGAAUGAUGCAGAUGCCCGGCCAGCGUGGCAUGCCACCGCACAUAGGGACAAUGCCUCCAACUAGACCUGAUCGCAUGCAAUAGCACAUCUCCUGAGAUCAUUUUGAUAAAUUUUGUGCAGUCAUCGGAGGCCUCUGUCUCUAAAAGUGGCUGUUCGGUUGGGUGGAUGGAAAAUAUCAUUUUGGGCAAAAGAAGCCAAGGCGAACUUUCACCUUCCAAUUCUGAAGGAAGCCUAUGUAAGUGGCAGGCUAAGACUGGAUUACAAACGCUGUUUUGUUAAUGUGAAAUUACUUUUACUGUAUAUUUUCAGCCUGACUAUUAAGUUGCUGUCAUUACAAGCCAAUCAUUGAGAACUA